AUUUUCAUUCAAUGAUAUUAUUGGCCAUUUCUAAAAUGAUUUAUAUCAGGUCUAUUACACUACGUGAUAAAGUAUGUAUUAACAUACAACGCCUAUCAACUAAUCAAAUUGUUUCUCUAUAAAAAUACUAAACUGACGGACUUACCCGACUGACGAUCUUAGCCGAACUGAUCUUACAAGUAACAAUAGAUAUUUAUGACAACAAAUUAUAAUUCUGUUCCAAUAAUAUUAUUUGAGAAAAAUCAUUAUUAAUUAGACAUAUAAAUAAAUAAAUUUAACACGCUCAUUUAGAAGGCGUAAGUACACUAAAUCUGACUUUGUCUUUCCAGAAUGUAAAACAAAAAAUGGCAUAUUUACCUUAACGACUUUGUCGCGCUAACACAAAACCACUUCGCACGCAUGCGAUGCCACAACUGACCAAUGAGACUUUUUCGCUCCAACAUUGACAAAAAAAACGUGCGAAUAGGACAAAGGCACUAUCACCCUCUGGUGAAAUGAGACCGAACUGAAUGAUUGUCUUUUUUCUACCACAUAAAAGGGUGUUUUUAAAGCACAUUGGCAUACAUAACUCGAUUUCACAAUUUUUGCCUGUUAUGCCCUUGUCUUACCGAUGGUGCGAUUAGUACAUUAUUUUCAAACACCUCGUUACAAAUGCUAUUUUCGUUCCAAAAGGGGUUGAUUAUGUAAAAAUCGUAAUUAUCACCUUGUAAAGUAUGUCGUAAUAUUUACGGGACACCCUGUAUACUCAUACAUAAAUAUAUAAUGCUAAUAAAGACAAAAGUGUGCAAGUGUGCUCGCUGAGUCGCUAAAUUCGGAUCACUUUUUACGGUGAUUUUGUAGGGGUGCAACCGUUAAAACAUUAAUAGUAUUGAAUUAUCAUUGGUUGAUAAUUUAAUAAUUUCAUUAUUAUAGUAGAAUUAUCAAGUUUUUAUAUUUAUUCCAAAACAUAUAAGUAUAGAUAACAAAACAGAAACAUAUUUAAUUUUCUGUAUUUAAAUUUUAUAAAGUUUUACAAUAAUAUUAAAACUACGUACCUACAUUUUUAUAACUACAUAUUAUAAAAAUUAAAAAGGAAAUAUACUAAAUUUAAAUUAUAUCUAAAGACUCAGGCGUCGUAGAAUUCGUCCGAAUCGACGAUCAUUGGUAAAGUGCCCAGAAGGCUGGCAGUAUUGCCACGUCGUAUGGCAAUACUAAUUCUUUGGCCUAAAUAUAGGCCAGCCUUCUAGUCACGUUAGGUGUCGAUUAAACGCUUUGCAAUUUUUUUGAUAUAAGUAAAUUGCCGGGUGGUUAGGGUAAGCCAGGGCCAGAGAUGGGCAUUCCCUCUUAUUAUCUUUAAUUUUAUUGGUUUUACCGGGAUAUUCCGAUUCCACUUGUAAAAUAAUACCCACCCACGUCAAAGUAGGUAAGUAGCGAGCAAAAAUAAAAAUCAGACUAAAAUAACAAUUCCUAAAAAUAACAUAAAAUUAAAAAAAUUUGAAAAACCCUCGAAGGUCAGAAAUUAUUAAUUACACUCCCGAUCAAGUCAUCAAUAUUCUCUUUCAGUGCGCUUUCAUUUGAGACCCCACUCGAGUAUAUUUGCAGACAUUUGGUUAUUCUUCCCCACUUUCAACCCCCAGAACUUUUAAACGGCUCAACCGAUUUUCAUCAAACAUAUCCAAAAACACAUGCCCAUAAGUCACCUUUGGAGCUAUGCCACAGACAGACAGACAGACACAUUAAACUUAUAACACCCCCCCUUUUUGCGUCCGGGGUUUAAUAAAAGAAAACCGAUUGAUUUAGGUACCUAUUCCACUAUUAAUGUAUAGUGAAUUACUAAGUGAUAGCUUACGAGUGGGUAAUUAAUGUAUUUACCCAAGAAACAUGAAAAAAUACAUAUAAAAUUCGCUUUAGUUAUUAACUAUACUUUUUAUGUUUAUUAUCAAUUCAAUGCUUUAAUUCUUGGGUGGGAUAUGUUGAUUAAAGCUUAAAAAUUAUUCAAAUAUUACCAACUAAUCUUCAUCAUCAUUUAGCCUAUCAAAAUCACCUCCGGGCCGGGCAUCACGCUGAAACUACUGAAUGAAUUCAAAUGAAACUUGGUACGGUUUGACACCAUAAUAAGAAGGUUAUGGGAUACUUUCUAUUGUAAAAAUAAAAUAAAACGGGGUUGAAAUUUUGUAUGGAAAGUCCAUAAUUUUUAGAGUUACAGUUUUAAAAAUUUGUUCAUAAAUCAUAAAAAACAUACGAAAUAUAAUGUGAUUCAAGAUUUUUUUAAAUUCAGCCCCUAAAGUGGUGAAAUUGGGCUUGGAAGCUUACCUUGAUUUUCACGCGGACGAAGUUGCGGGCGUCCGCUAGUAACAAGUAUAACGAAAUGAUCUCAGCUAGUCUGAGUAUUUCCAGAAGACUCAGCGGCAUUACUAAUUUGUUAAUAGACUAUGGACUCGGAGUCUGUGGUGGUCAGAUCUCUGUUGAGAACCACAGCAGCUUGCUGUGGUUCUCAACAGAGUCCUGGGUUCGAUUCUGUGUUCGGAUCAAUUUCGGCCAUGGUUAGUUACCACCCUACCGGCAAAGACGUACCGCCAAGCGAUUUAGCGUUCCGGUACGAUGUCGUGUAGAAACCGAAAAGGGGGGAUUUUCAUCCUCCUCCUAACAAGUUAGCCCGCUUCCAUCUUACACUGCAUCAUCACUUACCAUCAGGUGAGAUUGUAGUCAAAGGCUAACUUGAUAAGAAUAAAUUUAAAAAAAAUCCAUGUAACACACACCUUUAUCUAUCCUUGCAUUUUAAAAUACGUGAUCGUAUCGUAUCAAAUAAUAAAAAAAAUUCAACCGACUUCCAACUCAAAAAUUAACCUAAACUAAAAAGCAAAAAAUAACAUCUUACCUAUGUGCUACCUUCUGAUCAGUUUGAAGGCGGUGCCAAGCCAGUGAUGUUUUAAUUUAAGCCGUUUAAAUUACAAAAUUUCUGUGGUUCUUUCAGAAACGGCUUUAAUUAAAACAUAACACUGGAUUGGCACCGCCUUCAAACUGAUCAGAAGGUAGCACAUAGGUAAGAUGUUAUUUUUUGCUUUUUAGUUUAGGUUAAUUUUUGAGUUGGAAGUCGGUUGAAUUUUUUUUAUUAAAAUUUUUAUUUCUUAAUUUUUAGUGUUAGCACACCUACUGAGUGUGAAUAAAAAUUAAUAAGCAAUUAGUUGAAACGUUAUUUUCUUAUGAUAAGUAUCUAAGUCCUACAAUCCUAAUUUUAAAAAUACUACCUUAACUCAUUUACAAAAUUUCACUCCCACUUUAUCCACACGUAAUAUGAAUAUUCAGAAAAACGUGAAAGGUGACUGUCCUCCGUUCAUCACCAGACCCCCUAUGCAGUGACAAUCCAUAUGGUUGGCAAGUUCUAAUCAAUAUAAAAUUUAUCAAGUCCAAACACAAGGUAGCUACUGUGAACCGUCGAGGAGUUCCCUUAACUCUCCUUCAUCUUCGUCACCAGACCCCUAAUACAGUCACAACCUAUCCAGGUGGAAAGUUCUCAUCAAUACAAAAUUAUCAAGUCAAAACACAAGGUAGCUACUGUGAACCAUCGAGGAGUUCUCUUAACUAUCCUUCGUCUUCAUCACCAGACACCUAAUACAGUCACAACCCAUCUAGGUGGAAAGUUCUCAUCAAUACAAAUUUAUCAAGUCCAAACACAAGGUAGCUACUGUGAACCGUUGAGGAGUUCUCUUAACUGUCCUUCGUCUUCAUCAUCAGACCCUUAAUACAGUCACAACCCAUCUAGGUGGAAAGUUCUCAUCAAUACAAUUAAAUCAAGCCCAAACAAAAGGUACCUGUUGUAAAUCGUUGACGAGUUCCAUCGUCUGUGUUUCGGCUCCAUCAUCAGACCAACUCCAGACCUUCAUAAAAUUGUAAUGGUUUAAAAUACUUUAUGGAAACACUAACAAACGCACUAGCCGUCCCUACGAUUUUCGAAAGUUCCCCUCGAUUUCUCCAGGAUGCCAUCAUCAGAUCCUGACAAGAAAAAAAUGGGACUACCCUGGAAUCAAACCCUUCAAAACAAAAAAAGAAUUUUCAAAAUCGGUCCAGAAAUGACGGAAUUAUCGCUGGACAUACAUAAAAAAAAAAAAAAAAAAAAAAAAAAAAAAAACAUACAUACAGCCGAACGUAGAACCUCCUCCUUUUUGGAAGUCGGUUAAAAAUGAUGAUGAUGAUGAUGAAUCGUAGUGAUAAGUCUGUCGAUAUCGACGAGAUAUUGGAUCUGGCACUACGCACUUCACUAGUAAGCUACUUCAUGAUAUUUAACAAUGAAUAAGUUUGGCUUGGUUAUAAUAUAAGGAUGUGAUUUAAAGGACACAAUUUAAGAUCUAUUUACAAAAGAAACUCCGAAAAUAUUCAUUUCAGAACACGUACUCGUAUUUAGACAUUUUUAAUUAAUUUUCCCUAUAGAAUAUAACCCUAGAGUUGAUUAUUAGUUUGGAUCGUGCUGCGAUGCAAGAACCAGCUCAUGACUAAGGGCCCCGUAUGGGUUCGAAACUAGUCGGGCAUACUCCGACGUAAUAUCACAUGAGUUUUAGCCGUGUUUCAUAAUCAAUUAAUAUGAAUAACACUCACGAUAGUUUAAAUUCUAAAAUAACCCUAGAGUUAUGGGCAAUUCUCCCGAGCACCCUGUAUUGUAAAGGUGCUAGAGGAGGGCGCUAUGGUGAUGAUUGCACCGGGCGCUGCGUUAGCCUCCUUGCUCCUACUAGACAUAGGUAUACUUUUACACACGCAUUGACAGCUUACACACACGCUCAUUCCAAUCUAUAUAAACUUUUGACAGCAAGAAGACCCGUCAGUAAUUACCCGUCAGUACACCGUACAGUAGUGAGUUUAGUGUACCAACAAUAAAAUUAAUAAUUUACGAUGACGGAUUAUAUAAAAAUAUCGACAUUACUACUGGUCAUACUCUACACUGUUACUUCUCGUGCCUCGAUUAUAUUAUUUCAAGAUGUGAACUCCGUCAAUGUUUGCACCAAAAGCACAGACACCUGUACAUUCUUACUGCAGUGUGACUUUGCUAUGGACUUAUUAAAUAGUAUCAAAUACAAUCCAUCAUCCCGAUACAAAAUUUUCCAAAAACUGGUAGAAAUGAGGUGUAAAAUGGACGGAUCAAGCUAUUUAAUGGUGUGCUGCCCAAAUAAACCACCAGCUGAUUCCAUAGUGUACGUUCAAACUGAAGAAACAGCCACAACAAGACCAAAUCCCCUAACAACAACGACUCCUGCGCAAAUGGCACCGGAGCCAGUCAAAAUGGCGGUUUUCCCAUCCAACACUGUAUCGAAACUAACACUAGCAACGGCGCCAGUGGAGGAAGACAUUUUCCCGGAUAGAAAUAUUUGUGGGCAAUUGACCAGUAAUGACAGAAUCUUCGGCGGUUCUAUUACUGCUAUAGAUGAGUACCCGUGGAUAGCGCGAAUUAAAUACUCAGACAGAAGAAGAAAUGGCAGUAAGAAAACGAGAUAUGCAUGUUCAGCCACCCUUAUCACAGACCGUCAUCUCAUAACCGCUGCUCACUGUGUGUCUACGAAGCAAAUAGCGUAUGCCGUAAGUUUGGGAGAUUGGAACCUCGAUUCGCCGACGGAGUGUUACGAGGGACAAUGCCCGGACCCACCCGUGGAGUAUGAGAUAGAGUCUAUCGUCAUUCAUCCCGGUUAUAUUAAGGAGAACUAUACAUUCGGUGAUAUCGCUAUUAUAAAGCUGAAACAGCGCGUCACCUUCACAGAUUUCAUACAACCCAUCUGCCUGCCUACCACGGAAUAUAUCAAGAUGCAGGACUAUACACACAAUAGCGUGUAUUGGACGGCUGGCUGGGGAGUUACCGAAUUUGGUGAACUGUCAAUGGUUAAACGGAAAGUAGACAUCGAAGCUGUGCCAAUAGACAUCUGCCGCGCUGCUUUACCACAAAUCCCAGAAUCUUCUUCACGAGUCUUGAUCUGUGCUGGAGGCCAACAGGGCAAGGACACUUGUGCGGGUGACUCUGGCGGUCCUCUAAUGAGGGAAGUUAGAGAGAAUUAUAGAAUGAACUGGUUUCUCUAUGGUGUCAUAAGUUUUGGUGCUAAAAGUUGUGGCUCAGUGGGUAUACCCGGAGUAAGCACAAGAGUCACUGCGUAUAUGGACUGGAUACGCAACAUUGUUCAGACUUCAAGAAAUCCAGCCAGUAAUUUUCUGUAUGUACGCAGUACAGUUGUGAAUUUAGUGUGCGUGAUAACAAUUAAAUUAAUUAGUUACGAACAAUUUACGAUGACGGAUUAUAUAAAAAUAUCGACAUUACUACUGAUCAUACUCUACACUGUUACUGCUCAUGCCUCGAAUAUCGUAUUUCAUGAUACGGACAAGCAAAUGGAGUGCGACAUAAGCUCACACACCUGUAAACAUUACUCAGACUGUGAGUUUGCUCUGGAGUUAUUAAAAAGUGUCAAUGAAUCAAACCGAAACCAAACUAUAGAGAAGAUGAAAGAAGCGAAGUGUGGAUACAACGGAUCAGAUAUGGUAUGCUGCCCAAAUACACGGCCCGCUGGCUCCAUAGUGUACGAUCAAACUGAAGAAACAGCUACAAAUAGACCAAACCCCCUAACAACGAAAACUCCAGUGCCAAUAGCAACAGAGUCUUUGAAAAUGACGGUUGUCCCAUCCAGCACUAUAUCGGAACUAACAGUAACUGCAGCGCCUGUUGAACCAGACAUUUUUCCAGAUAGAAAUAUUUGUGGGCAGUCGACCAGCAAUGACAAAAUCUUGGGCGGUUCUAUUACUGCCAUAGACGAGUACCCGUGGAUGGCGCGAAUUAAAUACGCAGACAGAAGACUUGGUGGCGUCGAGAUAAAGUAUUUAUGUUCAGCCACCCUUAUCACAGACCGUCAUCUCAUAACUGCUGCUCACUGCCUCCUAGAGAAAGAUGUAGAACCUAUUGCCGUAAGUUUGGGAGAUUGGAACCUUGAUUCGCCUACGGAGUGUUACGAGGGACAAUGCCCGGAGCCAUCCGUGGAGAUUAGGAUAGAGUAUUUCGUGCAUCAGGGUUUCAGUAAGGAGAAUCAUACAUUUGGUGAUAUCGCCAUUAUAAAGUUGGAGCAGCCUGUCAAUUUCACAGGUUUUAUACAACCCAUCUGCCUGCCCACCACGGAAUAUAUCAAGAUGCAGGACUAUACACACAGUAGCGUGUAUUGGACGGCUGGCUGGGGAAUCACUGAGUUUGGUGAACAGUCAUUGGUUAAACGGAAAGUUGACAUUGAAGCUGUGCCAAUAGACGUCUGCCGUGCUGCCAUACCAGAAAUCCCAGAAUCUUCAUCACCAGGCUUGAUCUGCGCUGGAGGCCAGCAGGGAAAGGACUCCUGCAGGGGUGACUCUGGCGGUCCUCUAAUGAGGGAAGUUAGAGAGAAUUAUAGAGCGAACUGGUUUCUCUAUGGUGUUACAAGUUUUGGUAGUAAACGUUGUGGAUUAGCGGGUAUACCUGGGGUAUACACAAGGGUCACUGCGUAUAUGGACUGGAUACGCAACGUUGUUCAGACUUGAUUGAUCAUCACUACCCAACUUGAAUGAUCUCAAAAUCUAUUAUUACUAGCUGUCGCCGCGCGAUUUCACCCACGUGGUUCCUGUUCCUGUAGUAAUACGGGGAUAAUAUAUAGCCUAUAGCCUUCCUUGAUAAAUGGGCUAUCUAACACUGAAAGAAUUUUUCAAAUCGGAUCAGUAGUUCCCAAGAUUAGCGCGUUGAAACAAACUCUUCAGUUUUAUAAUAUUAGUAUAGAUUCUAACUUUAUACCGGCUAUUGAAUCACUAAAGCUGCAAGUAAUUGGACGACCAAAAUCUAAAUGUCUAAAAUCUAUGAUGAAGAGAUAUUUCAGAUAAUAUAAGAAUUGUUGUUAUUUUUUUACCAUUACCUCUAUUUUCCCACCCUUAGGGCAGAAACUUUUGACGUGACAACGUCUUUUAAUUCGAUGGAGCCGGCUGCACACUCGAAAAAAGAUGACGUCAAACGUCGUUCCCUCUCUCUAGGUUUGCCAACUUUUUUUACAAGAAAUAAAGUAUAUUCUGGUCUAUGAAGACAAUUAAACAUUAUUUUAGAAAAACGAA